CGUAAUUGACGACCACUAGUAGUAAAGCGUGUGUUUGAUGUAAUAAUUGCAAUCAUUUUUGAAAACACCGAUUGUUUUGUUGGCCACUCUUUGACCUCAACCGACACAUAUCCCGUGUGACCAGCGAUGGACAACAAGUUAACGGGCGCUCAGAAGGAGGAGCUGAUGGAUACAGUCAAACAACAGAUAGCUGUGGCCAACGCUCAAGAAUUACUAAAAAAAAUGACCGAAAAAUGUUUUAAUAAGUGUAUUACCCGACCGGGAACAUCAUUGGACAACUCGGAAACGAAAUGUCUUAAUCUAUGUGUUGACCGUUUCGUCGACGCCUAUAACUUGACGACCAAAGCCUACGGUUCGCGAAUCCAAAGAGAAAAAGGACUGUUUUGAGGCCAACCCUAAUACUUAGCAAACAUACCGUUCCUCUCACUUAAGUGUUGUGUUAAUUCAUGCGAUACUAAAGCAUUGAAAAACUAUUUAGUUUUUUGUUUAACUUUUCAAAAGUAAUUAACAUUAGAUUUAAUUAUGUAAAUGAGUUAAUGAGUUGACAUAACUAUUAAAGAGAAACGAUUUUAUAGUCUUUAAUAAUUAUUUUGUCGUCAAUUUU